AUGGCCCCAUACAUCCCCUUCGUUCCGACCGAAGCAUUCGCGAUCGCCACGGAAGAAGAGUGGCGUAAUGCAAUCUUCCAGAACGUGAACAUCUCUGACAAACAAGCAGCUCUGCUGCAAACGGUUACUGCGAAUGCUGCAGAAUCGACCACUGGACGAGUCAGAGACUGGAUUGGUCGCCUGACCUUAGAAAUAAGCAGGCACUACGACGGAUACCUUCAGAGCCUCCUUCGAGAGGUCGAAUCCCUGCAUAUCACGGUCCAGAAUCAGCAGGCGCUAGUUGAUUCCUACAAGCAACAAGUUGAUGCGCUACCUGCAUCAACGGGUAGCGGUCAUUCCCGUCAACCUAAGAUUGGGGAACCUCCAGCCUUCAAGGGCAGUGAGGAUAAGACCAAGCUUGAGGAAUGGCUGGACCUGAUCGCGCCGUACCAAGUCGUGACAAUCGUACUGUGGUGCGAGCAUGAGGGAGUGGCCACUGACAAACAGCGAAUCGUCACGGCCCUCUCGAAGCUGCAAGGACCAGCUCAUCAGUACAUGAAGAGCUACUAUGUGAAAAUGCGGGAAGGAAAGGAUCUGGGCACCUGGAAGGCAUUUGUGGCGGAACUAGCCCAGAUAUACGGGCAACGCGACGACAAGGAGGGUGCAAAGAAGGAGAUCACGGUGCUGUUCAUCAAUAAGGAUCUGGCCUCGAAGGACUUCGUGAAGUAUGCUGAGAGGUUCCGCACCCUCGGACGUCUCACAGAGUAUGACGAUAGUCUCCUCAUUGACAAACUUCGGGAGGUUAUACCUCGUGACAUGCGGAAUCGGCACCCACCGUCGGAAUCAAUGUAG